UUAUGGAAUGAUAUUCUUGUCAUUAGGCAUCGACAACAAUUCACUGGUGUUGAUCCAGUUGUAUGCCUGGUUAGAAAGGGACCCUGUGCCUUUGCUCAAAUACGUAGCCAAAGCCAACAGCAAGCUUCAAGAGAACAAUAAUGCAAAGCCGUCGCUUGCUUUCAAUCUCUUUCAGUUGCCGCCGAGCAGAGGAAAUACUCCCUGACUUACAAGUCCUACAUAUCUGGAAACGAUGCCAAAACGGUGGAUAACUCGUCCCCGGAAGCCUGCGCGUCAUCAUGCUCGUCGGAAGCUUCUUUCAUCUGCAGGUCUUUUGAUUUUGAUAACUCAACCAACACAUGUUACUUGAGCAGCAAAUCAACGAUUGACAGUGAUCUGACAAGUUCAUCAAGCUAUAAUUACUACGAGCUGAACUGUCUUAAAAGCCUUGGAGUCUCGACAAGCAAGCGUAUUCCUGACGCUGAUAUGACAGCAUCAAGUCAAUACAGCUCCCAGCACGCGCCACUAGGAGGUCGCCUGAAUUUUCAAGCUCAGAUAACUUCUCAGGGGGUCACCACUCAGAUCGGAGGUUGGUCUGCCUUGACUAACGACCAGAACCAGUAUCUCCAAAUCAAGUUUAACCAGAUUUUCCAGAUUACUGGUGCGGCCACUCAAGGCAGAGGAGACGAUGCCCAGUGGGUGAAGAGCUACAAACUGGAAUACAGUACUGACGGAUCAACUUGGACUUACUAUCCAGACACUCUCACUGGUAACACUGACCAGGACACGGUAGUACGAAAUGAAGUCAGAGUGUUUGAAGCCAUGUAUCUAAGGUUUAGACCACAGGAAUGGAAUGGACACAUUUCAAUGAGAGUAGAAGUAUAUGGCUGCCCACAGAGUAAGUAACUUUGCAAACUGUUCGACACAAACAAAGCCAAAGUUAUUUUUCUAGAGGACCGAACAUUGAAGACUUAUUAGAAGUUUUCUGGUUACAGGAUUACCUAGUUACUGCCCUUAUGCCUGCUAGCAUGUAAGGCAGCAACAAAGGUCAGAAGUCAAAGGGAUAUUAAGGUAAAAAAUUAACGGAAUACAGGAUAUUUGAGUGAGAAAUUAAUAAGAUAUGCGAGAUUAAGAUCAGAUAAAACGGUACAUCGAGUAGAAAAGUCGUCAAUUUUUGCAACCGGAAUAAACAGUAGUACAGUACUCAGACAC